AUGUCGGACCUGCCUCCAAACCCUCCUACCUCAGAUCAUCACGAUGUCUCUGCAUCUCCUCCAGACACCGAGCCCUCCGGCGAAUCGCAAGUGCCGCGCAUGCACGGCCCGGUUCGGAUGGAUACAAACACUGCCAUGGUCCAGUCUCUGAACCCUCCUCCGCCUCCGCCGGUGCCCGCCGUGAUCGCGGAAUCGGAACAGAAAAUAUCAGGGCAAUUCUCUACAGCCAUCGGCCCUUCUUCAGAUGAAGCAUCACCGACAGUGCCAGCCAAGGACGGCGAAUCGCCGUCAGCGACGACGGGGGUUACGGGACCCGCGCUCACAGUCACGUUGCUCCUGACCUCGGGAGCGCGACAUCCUUUCAAGCUGGAUAGCAAAUACUUUGCAAAGCGCAGUGUAGACGUACCUGCCAAUGAUCCUUUCAAUCUAAGUGUCUACAAAUUGAAAGAGUUGAUUCUGCGCGAGUGGCGGGAAGACUGGGAAGCAAAACCGUCGAGUCCAACCUCGAUUCGGCUGAUCAAUAUGGGCAAGUUGUUGGACGAUAAGGCAUCCUUAAAAGAUUACAAGUUUUCCACUGAUUCACCGAACGUUCUACACAUGACCAUCAAACCGCAAGACUUUGUUGAGGAAGAAGAUGCCAAAGGUGGCAAGUCGACCUAUUCGACACACCGUGAAGAGAACAGAAGUCCCGGCUGUCGCUGUAUCAUUAUGUGA